AUAGAUACACAAAGGGUUAUAGACCUUUAAAAUAUAUAAUUAGAAGGAUAUUUGUUAAAACAUAUUUGUUUUUUUCAUCUGCGUUUCUAAUAAAUAGACCUAUUCCAACUAAAAGCAAUACUACAGGAGUUAACUGUUAACCGGCAACUGCCAAAAUGAACUGUUUGUUUAUUUUCAAUAAAAAUUACUUAAAACACCUUCCACCCGAUUAUUUCAUGUAAGUUUUCGAUGAUUAGUUCAUUUUAAGCCGUGAUACGGAAGUAUUGCCGAAAUUUUUUACGUUGCUAUAUUAAUCAAUUAUGGAACCAGAAGAGCACUUACUUGGACUAAAAGUUAUGAGACUUACAAAACCUACUUUAGCCAGCCCUUUGCCCAUCACUUGUGAUACCAAAGAUUUACCUGGCAACCUUCUCAAUAAAGCUUUAAAAGACGAUCCCACAGCAGUUUCGGGAUUAGAAACCAUAUGUAUAGGGCAGUUUCUUUUACUCCCACAAAGUCCAGUUAACAUUUAUCUCGGGGAAACGUUUUCAAGUUACAUAUGUGUUUAUAAUGAUACUAAAGAUUCAGUUAAUAAUGUUGCUGUUAAGGUGGACCUUCAAACAAGUUCUCAACGAUUACCACUAGCAAUAAAUCCACCAAUUCCUAUAUUAACACCUGAUGAGAAAGUAAACAUUGUAAUUCAUCAUGAAGUUAAAGAAAUUGGAACUCACAUACUUGUUUGUGAAGUGUCAUAUGAAGGUAGUAAUAGAACACCCACAUCAUUUAGAAAAUUUUUUAAAAUACAAGUUUUGAAACCUCUUGAUGUCAAAACAAAAUUCUAUAAUGCAGAAUCUGAUGAUGUGUAUUUAGAAGCACAAGUCCAAAAUAUUACAUCAGGGCCUAUAUUUUUGGAAAGAGUAGAACUAGACGCCACCCAUUUAUUUAAUGUUGCUUCUGUAAAUGUUAAAAAACAAGGUGGGAGUAUUUUUGGAAAAUUAACAAUGCUGCAACCCCAGGCAACAUGUCAGUAUCUCUACUGUCUUAGCCCUGAUGCAAAAUUAUCUGCCGAUACUAAACUUUUAAGUGGUGCUACAAAUGUGGGUAAAUUUGAUAUUGUUUGGAGAUCCAAUCUAGGAGAACGUGGACGAUUACAAACAAGUCAACUGCAAAGAAUAAGUCCAGAAUAUGACGACAUCAGAUUAUUUGUUCAGGAGUAUCCAAACUUUGUACUAUUGGAAGAAGCGUUCCAUUUUAAAUGUAGACUUACAAAUAACAGUGAGUAUACGAUGGAGUUGACAUUGUCUGUGGAAGAAUGUGAUGGAAUAACAUGGUGCGAAAUAUCUGGGCAAAAACUCCAACCACUAAGUCCUAAAGGGACCGUGGAUUUAGAAUUAAAACUUGUACCACUUGUUCCUGGUUUAAGGUCAAUAUCAGGAAUAAGAUUAGUUGACACUUUUAAUAAAAAAACAUAUUCAUUUGACGAUUUUAUUCAAGUUUUUGUUAUGGUUAAUGAUAAAAAGCAAAAUGAACAGUUAGCAAAUGUCAUAAAUAUAACCAAAGAUAAGUCUACAAUAAAAGUUAUUUAAAUCGU